UGUACUGGGUCCAGGGCACCCAAGGCCUGGGAGGAGAGUGGAAUGCGGGGCCUCCACCAUGGCUGCUGCACUCCUCUGCCUUCCUGUCCUCCUGGGCUUCCUGGCGGGGCUGGGGGAAACCGAGGCCCAGGAGAUCACCUUGCAGGCGUCGGUGGGUCGCAUCUUUGUGUAUCGCUUGAACCCUGACACCUUCCUGCAGCUUCCUGAACAUGUUGCUGUCCCACCCGGCGUCCCUGUCACCUACCACGCCCACCUUCAGGGACACCCAGACCUGCCCCGCUGGCUUCGCUAUACCCAGCGCAGCCCCCGUCACCCCGGAUUCCUCUACGGUGCCCCCACUCCGGAAGAUCGGGGCCGGCAGGUCAUCGAGGUCACGGCCUACAACCGGGGCAGCUUCGACACCAUUCGGCAGAGGCUGCUGCUGCUGAUUGAGGAUCCGGAAGGUCCCCUGCUCCCCUACCAGGCUGAGUUCCUGGUGCGCAGUCACGACGUGGAGGAGGUCCUGCCCUCCCAGCCUGCCAGCCGCUUCCUCAAUGCCUUGGGGGGGCUCUGGCAACCAGGGGAGCUCCAGCUGCUCAACAUUACCUCUGCCUUGGAUCGUGGGGGCCGUGUCCCUCUUCCCAUCGAGGGCCGAAAGGAAGGGGUGUACAUCAAGGUGGGCUCGGCCUCCCCCUUCUCCACUUGUCUGAAGAUGGUGGCAUCUCCCGACAGCCACGCCCGCUGUGCCCAGGGCCAGCCUCCACUCCUGUCCUGCUAUGACACCUUGGCGCCCCACUUCCGCGUCGACUGGUGCAAUGUAUCCUUGGUGGAUAAAUCUGUGCCGGAGCCCGGGGACGAGGUGGCCACCCCCGGGGAUGGCAUCCUGGAGCACGACCCGUUCUUCUGCCCGCCCACCGAGGCCCCCGACCGCGACUUCCUGACCGACGCUCUGGUCACACUCCUGGUGCCCCUGCUGGUGGGCCUGCUGCUGGCCGCACUGCUGGCCUACGUCAUGUGCUGUCGGCGGGAGGGCCGGCGCAAGAGAGACCUGGCUACCUCUGACCUCCAGAUGUUCCACCACUGCACCAUCCGCGGGAACACGGAGGAGCUGCGGCAGAUGGCGGCCAGCCGCGAGGUGCCCCGGCCGCUGUCCACGCUGCCCAUGUUCAACGUGCGGACGGGCGAGCGGCACCCGCCCCGUGUGGACCUCGCCCAGGUGCCCCUCAUCCUGGACCAGCACUGAGCUUCCUGCCCCGGCCUCAGCCUCGGGCUCUCUCCGCGCACGAGGCCGCUGCUGCCAAGGCCACGUUCUCCCUCGUCCUCCAGACCUGACCCGCUGGAUCCCAGGCGUGCAAGAAGACAGAGAGGGGGGCGCGGGGGGGCUCGGGGUCGAGAGCCUCAGA